ACGAUACAUGCCCAGCCAAGUGCGUACACCACAUUUGUCGUAAUAAAACAGCGGAAACAUUUUCAAGCUAACCUCUAACCCAAAAACGCUGCACGUGUUGGGUUAUUGUGUGCGUUUUAAUCAGUGAACGACGCAAGUGCUCCAAAUACCCAACGUGGGUUACUUAUUUUAGUGUGCCAAGACGCUCCCGCGUGUGAAUAAUAAACGCGCAUAUUAAAUUCGUCCAAAAUGACGGAAGUUCUUCAACCCGGUGCGGACGUUUUGUCCGAGAAAAAGAGGAAGAAAAACAAGGAUACUGUGUCAUUAGGCGCAUUUCAGAAGCUCGGAGACUUUAAGAUCGAGCCCUCCGAGAGUGUGAAGAAGCUAGACACAGCGUACUGGCCGUUGUUGCUAAAAAACUUCGAUCGUCUCAACGUGCGAACUAACCACUACACGCCGCUGCCGUUCGGACACUCGCCUUUGAAGCGCCCUAUUACUGACUACAUCAAGUCUGGCUUCAUAAACGUCGAUAAACCGAGCAACCCUAGCUCCCACGAGGUAGUUUCAUGGAUAAAACGUAUUCUUAAAGUGGAAAAGACGGGUCACUCGGGCACGCUCGAUCCUAAGGUGACGGGAUGUCUGAUCGUGUGUGUAGACCGCGCGACGCGGCUGGUGAAAUCCCAGCAGAACGCCGGCAAGGAGUACGUGGCCGUGUUCAGUCUUCACUCCGCUGUGGAGAGCAUAAAAAAAGUGACUCAAGGUUUAGAGAAGCUACGAGGCGCGCUGUUCCAGCGCCCGCCUCUAAUCUCCGCCGUGAAGCGACAACUUCGUGUCCGUUCAGUGUACGACAGCAAACUCCUUGACUUUGAUGCUGAAAGAAACAUUGGAGUAUUCUGGGUCAGCUGCGAGGCCGGCUCUUACAUCAGAACAAUGUGCGUCCAUCUUGGACUCAUGCUUGGAGUCGGAGGACAGAUGAUUGAGCUCAGAAGAGUGCGGUCCGGCAUUCAAGGAGAGGGAGAAGGUAUGGUCACCAUGCAUGAUAUCUUAGACGCUCAAUGGGCUUACGAAAACCACAAAGAUGAGACCUACCUCCGCAGAGUCAUCAAGCCUCUCGAAGGUCUCCUAAUAGCGCAUAAGAGGAUCUUUGUGAAAGACAGCGCAGUCAACGCUAUCUGUUAUGGAGCCAAAGUCCUUUUACCUGGUAUUUUAAGGUACGAAGAUGGAAUAGAAAUUGAUCAGGAAAUUGUUAUUGUAACAACAAAAGGUGAAGCCAUCGCUUUAGCUAUUGCGUUAAUGACCACAUCAACAAUGGCGUCUUGUGACCACGGAGUCGCUGCCAAGCUGAAACGGGUUAUUAUGGAGAGGGACACGUAUCCUCGCAAAUGGGGCCUCGGUCCGAAGGCAUCGCAGAAGAAGCAGCUAAUACAGCAAGGGAAAUUAGAUAAGUUCGGCAAACCUAAUGAAAAUACUCCAUCUGAAUGGUUGAACAGUUACAAGGACUAUAAUAAGGGUAAAGCGAAAGAAAAUGGAGCUGAUACUCAAGACGCAGAGGAGGAAGGCAGCAGAAAGCGAACAGCCAGCACGGCCAACGCUGACGACACCAACAACUCAAUUGAAGUGAAGUCCGAUAAAAAGAAGAAGAAAAAGAAACGUGACCUAGACGAAACUGCUGAGGGAGAGACGACCGAAGCUGCCGACACCACAAUGGAGGUGGCGGAGGACGGAGAAAAACAAAAGAAAAAAAAGAAGAAGAAGGACAAACAGAAAGAGAGAGAGACGGAAUGAGAACUAUUUUGUUAAGUCAGUGAUAAUGAUAGUAAAAUCAGAUGCAAUUGGUGGUACUAAUUUAGGUUUGUCAGCUGUACUCUCAGAGAUGCAGAUACAGAGAUAUGUCUGUGACCAUUUAAACAUUGUUUCCUUGCCAAGGGAUUAUUAUAAUAUUUCGGCAAUAUUACGAUUUUAAACAAAAUGUACGAUAUUAUGUAUUUGUAAUCCAAUCAAAAUUAAAUUCGUAUCUAUUAAGCCAUUUAAAACAUUAUUAAGUGCUAUAUUUUAAAAAAUGUAUAGAAUAGUCUUAAAAAUGCUAGAAGCAAUCGUUUUUAAGUAUAAUUUGCAUCUGAAACUUACGGAAAAUCAUUCUAAUAGUUAUUGAAACAUGUAUGUAUGCAGUAUGGCAGUUCAAAAGAUAUUUGACCACUUAAUUUGUAUCCUAUACCAAUGCCCAGCUAGACUCUGUAUGUAAUGCUACAUUUCCACGCGUGGCAAGGCUCGGAAAAUCAUUUUAAUAGUUAUUGAAACAUGUAUGUAUGCAGUAUGGCAGUUCAAAAGAUAUUUGACCACUUAAUUUGUAUCCUAUACCAAUGCCCAGCUAGACUCUGUAUGUAAUGCUACAUUUCCACGCGUGGCAAGGCUCGACAAGCCUAUGGGAUGCAGCUAUGCGGUGGAAUGAGAUAACAAUGUCCCUGAGGCUUGUCGAGACUACGCAUGGAAACGUAGCAUAAUAGUGAUUGUUUUCAAAUGUAUUAAUAUUCAGCCAUAGGCCAUUUUUUAAUUACAUAAAAGAGUUGUUACAUAUUUACUUCGCAUAUUAUUGCUAGAAAUUCUACAAUAAAGUUAUAUGUCCAUUUUCCUAGACGAAUCGGAGAAUUCCUAUGCUACGGGUUUUGCAUUUUUCUACUGACCCCAAAUCGCGUCUUUUUAAGGCAGGUGUUUUAUUUGAGAAGUUAAUAGUUUUAAGUUAGCUUUUAAGGAAAAUGUUGGAGUUGUAAGUGUUUAUCUUUAAACUGGUCAACAUUAAAAUGAAUGAAAUUUA